GGUGGAUACAACCGAUGCCAUAUGUACCGAGUGAUGCCCUGUUCAUAGUGCCCUUUGCGAGGGACGACUCGUUCGUCGGUCGAGAGGACACGAUCACGAAGAUUAGCGAGCGCAAAGUAGCCACACCAACACACACGCGCGUGGCUUUGGUUGGACUUGGAGGUGUUGGAAAGUCGCAGAUUGCAAUUGAGUAUGCAUACAGAUUUCAGAAGGCAAAUCCACAUGCCCUGGUGGUCUGGAUACAUGCGAGCAAUCCCACCCGGUUCCGGCAGGGAUAUAGAGAUCUUGCCGACAAGCUUCUGCUGCCUGGACGGGAAGACGUAAAGGCAGACGUCUUGCAGUUAGUGCAUGCCUGGCUGUCAGACCGUCGGAACGGGACAUGGCUGAUGAUACUCGACAACGUCGACGAUGACGGGGUCUUCUUUGGUGACCACCAAGACAGCACAGGCACAUCGGCAGGCAAUAGUAGGCCACUCGAGAGCUUCCUUCCACAGACAGCGCACGGGACAAUUCUGAUCACAUCAAGAAACAGCAUGGCGGCCACCAAUCUUGUUGGCGGACACGGCGACGUUGUCCAGGUUGAGCCUAUGGGAGAAGACGAGGCACUGGAACUGCUUAAAACACGAGUGCCGUUAGACGAGUCUAGUCAACCAGACGCCAAAGAGCUUGUUGACGCGCUCGAGUGUAUACCUCUUGCCAUCACACACGCUGCGGCCUACAUUAAGACACGCGCAUCUACAAUGACCAUCUCCACCUACCUCGAGCUGUUUCGCGAGAGCGAGGCUAGCAAGGUGCACCUGCUUAGCAGGAAGGAGUUGAAGGAUAUUCGACGAGACCACAGCAGCCGGGAUGCCGUGAUUACGACAUUGCAGAUCUCGUUCGAGUACAUUCAGAAGAUGGAGCGGUCAGCUGCAGACCUUCUUGCCCUGAUGAGUAUGUUUGACAAGCAGGGGAUCCCGUACUCGUUGUUACAGCAGUACUUCACCCGCCAGCUGGAAUUCAAUGACGCUCUGGCACCUUUGCUGAGCUUCUCUUUAGUUAGGGCAGAAGUCGGUACCCAGGCAUUCACAAUGCACCGGUUAGUGCAGCUGUCGAUGAGGAGAUGGCUAGAAGCGGAGAAGGAACUUCACCGAUGGGUAAAGAACUCGAUCCUGGCUAUAAGCGCGGCAUUUCCGAGCGAGGACUAUCAGAAUUGGGAGCAGUGCAAAGUGCUGCUGCCGCAUCUAAAAGAGGUGUUGGACCAUAAGCCAGAAGAUAGCGAAGGUUUAGUGGGGCAAGCGAGAAGCGCUUCAAGGGCGGGGUGGUAUCUGCUUCUGAGGGGAGAGUAUACGGCAGCAGAGGGUCUUCUUCAGAUGUCAUUAGACGCUAGGGCUGCGGCUCUUGGGCGAGAGCAUCCCGAUACGCUCACCAGCAUUCUCAGCUUUGGGGAUGUUCUUUUUUGGCAGGGAAAGUACGAAGCAGCAGAAGCAAUGCAUCGACAGGCACUGCAAGGACGGGAAAGGGUGUUAGGGCGAGAUCAUCCUGAUACGCUUCGCAGCAUUAACGGCCUCGGGACGGUGCUUUCAAAGCAGGGAAAAUUCGAAGAAGCAGAAGCAAUAUAUCGACAGGCGCUAGAAGGACAUAAGGUGCAUGGGCAAGGUCGCCCCGAUACGCUUCACAACAUGGGCAGCCUUGGGUGGGUGCUCCAGAAGCAGGGAAAGCACGAAGAAGCAGAAGCCAUGCAUCGGCAGGUGCUGGAAGAAAAGGAAAAGCUGAUCGGGCGAGAGCAACUUAAUACGUUUGAUAGUAUGAGCUAUCUUGGGGUAACACUAUCAAAGCAGGGAAAGUACAAAGAAGCAGAAGCAAUGCAUCAACAGGCGCUUGAGGGAAGAAUGAAGGUGCUUGGGCAAGAGAAUCCCGACACGCUCAGGUGCAUCGACAACCUUGGGACGGUGCUAACUAAUCAGGGAAAGUAUGAAGAGGCAGAAGCAAUAUAUCGACAGGCGCUACAAGGGAGAGAGAAGGUGCUUGGGCGAGAGCAUCCCGACACGCUCGCCACCGUACAUAAUUCAGCAAUACUCUUCCAUCGAAAGCAACUGUUCCCUGCUGCUGUUGAAUUGUACCAGCGAGCAUACGAAGGGCGGGUAAAAGCACUCGGUGCACAGCAUCCCAGCACCUCAAGAUGCCUUUGGCACUACAAAACUGCAUUACAACAUGAAAAGAUAGAGUAGCGGUAGAUACUACGUAUAACAACUCUCUGUAUGAUACCAGCCCCAAGACGAGAUUCAAUCUCUGUACACUCUAGAGAUGGCUGCAGGGUUAAAUAGAAUCUUUCUAGA